CGGCCAUAUUUUGUGUGUCUGUGUGUAUGCAUGCGAUCCGCCAUUUCACCUAUCGCUGAUGGGGUUCUGAAUUGGAUUUUCUCUACUAUUCCUGUGAUUUUAUCUGUGUGAAGCCUGGUUUUCUUGUAAGGAUUACUUUCAAGUAUUCAUUGAUUGCUGUACUAUUCUUUCAAAGGAAUUAAGCUCGGGAUAGGCUCCAUAUGAAGUGAAAUUUCGAUGGAGGCCGACCCGGGCAAACAGCGAUCUCGACAAAAACGUCGAGAGCGAGCGUUGCAGCUCCAACAUGAAAAACAAACUAGAGACGAGGAGGAAGCAAGUGGGCAAGAUGACCAAGACGAGUCACCCCCUAGAUCGAGCAAGGAUAAACCUCCUCGGUCUAAACCCAAAAAGGGUAAAAAUACGUUAUUCGAAGAGGAUGUAAUCGAUGGAUUUGCGAUAAUGAGCUUCAAAACCCUUGAGGAGUUGGAGAGUGUUACCAAGCGGAAUGGCUGUCUCAAGAGCAAGUCUGGACGCACGGGCGAGGAUAGCGCCAACACUAAGGAUACUCAUUUAUCAGCCCUGGAUAAGGACGAGGCUUCCAACAAAGUCAAGAAGAAAAAGGUCAAGAAG